AUCUUUCAUUCCCCCAAACUCUCUCUCUUCUCUCUCUCUCUAUAUCUCUAUUUCUCUCCGGUCGUAAUUCCUCCUCUACCGCGGCGGAGCCACCGCUAAAACCACCGUCCGUACACCGGAAUCUACCGUUUCUUGCCGGAAUCCGGCGAUCUUUGUCUAGAUCUUUCGUCGACUUACCGUCAAACUCACUGCCCUUUCUUUCUUUUCUUCUUCUCCAGUAAUUUCUCUUCAAUUUUUCUUUUUUACUGUAUUUUAAAUUGAAAAAAAUAUAUAUAUAUAUUUUUAUUUACUUACUUUUUUAUUUUAUUUCUUCUCAACGAGAAAUGUACCUGUUGGAGUGAAUUUACUUUUCUAACCUUUUGCUUUAAUUGUAUCUUUCCAAACCCCAUAAUUCCUUAACCGUAACUUCACCUUUUUUUCCUUUUUUAUCGCUUUUUUUAUUUAUUUAAAAGUGUGGUGACGUGGCAUGCUGUAGAUUAAGAUUGGACGGCUAGGAUGAAUUAUCACUCACGGCGAAUCUUAACUCUUGACGAGUCAUCACGGAAGCGAAAAGACCGAGACACGUUUUAUUCGUCUCCAAGACCGUCAAAUCCACUAACGCCCGUUAGUAAUGCUAAUCUUACGACGUCGUUCGCUAAACCCGACCCGAAGAAGAAGGGUCAAAUGCCUAAUUCAGUUUUAGCCGGGUAUAUGGCUUAUGAGUACUUAACUAAAGGAACUUUAUUGGGUCAGAAAUUUGACCCGGCUCGACCUAGAGCUGCUGCUCCGGUUAAUGCUUUAGCUGACCCGAAGAAGAGAAAGUCCAGCCCGGAAGAGUCGGACCCGAAGCCGAAUCAGAAUUAUGUUGAGAUAGCGACCUUGUUGAGGAGUGAUGGGACCCACAUUCCUGGUAUUGUCAAUCCGACGCAGCUGGCACAGUGGAUUCAGAUGUGACAUUUUAAAAAAAGGCGGAGGCGUGAGAUGAGACGAAAUGCAGCAAAAAAAAAAAACAUAUGGUUUUAUUAUUGUUAUUGUUGUUUUGAUUAUUAAGUACUUUUUUGUUUAUGUUGAUGAUUUUGGUUAUUGAUGAAUUUUGUGUUGCUGUUAUUAGAUGACUCAUGAAUGUUAUGUGCUGGCUAUAGACGGCCAGCUUUCAUAUAUACUAUUAUAUUGUUUAUUUCUUUAAUUAA